CACCACAUUCACCCCACGCAUGCAUCACAGCCACAAUUAACACAACUUUAUCACAAUACAAUUCACAGGUGAGCGCCACCAUUUUGGUCCUUCGAGCCGGAUGGCUCUAGGACAAUUAAUUGAUAACACGUAUAAUUCACAGGUACGAAGAACAAUCAAAGACGUACACAAGGACAACACAGAAUAUUAAAUAAUUAACAUUUAUCACACAUAUCUACAGGUGAGCGCCACCAUUUUGACCCUUCGAGCAGUUUGAUCAUCGAUCGUUUGAUACAUCGAGAUCUUCAACUCCUACUGGGCUAGCGACUACCACAAUACAGUCCACUUACCUACGCUCUACCAGUUAGUCUAUCGCUGUGCCCUUUGCCCUCCCAAGAAGCAUCAUGCCGGCCAAGACAGCAUCCCGCGCAAACUACAAGGGGCAGCUCACUAAGGUGAAACGUGCCAUCGAGAAGUACAUGAUGAACUUCGAUGAGCUGAAGCAACCCACCGCAGGAGCUGAUCUCACCAAGCUGCUAGAGGAAGUUGAUCAAAUUGAAGCCAAGUUCUCGGACAUCCAAACCCAGAUCAUUGCAGAGGCUCCUCCAGACUUGAAGGAGAAGGAGAUGCAAGACAUGGCCACCUUCGUUGAGGAUUGCAACAUGGUCCAUUUUGAGAUCACCAAGCUCCAUGCUAGACGGAAUGAGUUGUGCAAUCCACCAGUGACUGCACUGCCCAACACAUCCGAUGCACUUCAGCAGGUUAUGCAGCUUGUUCAGACUCAAUUCAAGGAAGUUAUGCAGACUCAUCGUGAGGACAUGGAGACUGUGCUCAGCAAUUCUAUGCAGCAUAGUAUGACGUUUCAACAGCCUACGGGAGCUUCGGGAGUGGCAAAAUUGGAGCCCUUGAAGGUUCCCACAUUCAGUGGGGUUUAUUCGGAGUGGAAAUCCUUCCAGGAUUUGUUCACUUCCAUUGUGCACAACAAUACGCAUUUGACUGGUGCCCAGAAGAUGCAUUAUUUGAAGCUCGCUCUGCAAGGAGAGGCAUCGUUGACCAUCGCUCAUUUCGGCAUUUCGGAUGAGAAUUACUCAGUGGCAUGGAAGAUGGUUCAGGAUCGCUACGAUGACAACCACAAGAUCGUCAAUUCUCACAUUGAGACGUUCUUAAAGCAAUCAGCGGUAGCACAGCCGUCAGCAAGUGGUCUUCGGAAGCUAUUCACCACAUCAGCAUCCAUUCUUCAGGCCAUGGAGGCCCUGAAGGUCACACAGAGGGAUCCCUGGUUGAUUCACAUCAUCAGAGAGAAGCUAGAUGCCGAGUCACAAGUGCUGUGGUCCAGAGAAAUCAAUGAUGACAUCCCCACAUGGCAGCAGUUCGAGGCGUUCCUGCACAAACGAUGUAAGUCACUUGAAUUAUGUUCUCCCCCAAUACCAAAGUCCAAUCAAAAUUCAAAUCAAAAGCCAAAGCCCAAAAAUGAGAAAUCUCGAGGUUCUUGCUAUACCGCCCAAUCUCAAUCAAGUCAAAAAGUGUGCCCAUUUUGCAAGAAACCCAAUCACAAAUUGUUCAGAUGCCGAGAUUUUCUCUCUCAAACUGCCUCGAAAAGACUAGAGAUCACCCAAUCCCUCAAAAUGUGCCAGAAUUGCCUAUCUGACACACAUGCUACAACCGAUUGUUCGUACUCAUUAUGCAAACAAUGCAAUCAAAAACACAAUACCCUGUUGCAUGAAGCAUUUGGUUCCCCCUUACCUUCUGGUUCGCAAUCCACGGGAGUAGACAGCUCCACAGGAACAGUUUGUUGUGCCAAUGUUAUGGGAGACAGCUCGCUACACGUUUUAUUAGCCACUGCUCAAGUCAAGCUGCUGGAUGAUGACAACAACGAGCACUCCUGUCGUGUGCUACUUGAUGCUGGCUCACAGUUCAAUUUCAUCACGACCCAUUUGGUGCAGAGGCUUCGACUCAAGCUGAAUCCCGCGGAGUUCAUCAUCAAAGGCAUAGGGUCAGUGACUCAGAUUUCCAAGCACAGGACUGAUGUCAGGCUUCGGUUGAACCAAGAUGUCUCAGAAAUUGGUUGUGCGGUUGUCAAGAAAAUCACAGGGAAUCUGCCCAAUUGUUUCAUAGAUAGAGAGUCGUUCACAAUCCCUGAUUCAAUCCAAUUGGCUGAUCCAGACUGGCAUCGCAAUCAGCCAGUUGACAUGCUCAUUGGAGGAGAAUUCUUCUGGCAUUUCCUCAAAGACCAAACCAUCACUCUUGGCCCCAAUGCUCCACUCUUGAAAGAUAGCGUGUUCGGAUGGCUGGUCGUAGGACCACAUUUCAACAAACCAACUGUGAAUUCCAAGUCCAUAGGGCAGUGCAAUGUGGCUACAUCAAUGGCUAGUAUGGAGGCCACCAUGCAGAAGUUCUGGAAGGUUGAGGAAGUACCGAAGCGCCAGGAGAAAAUCAGUGAGCAAGAUGAGGCUGAGAAGAUCUUCCAAUCUACCACUACACGUACAGAAGAUGGUCGAUACAUGGUUACCUUGCCAUUCACAGAAGAAAUCAAAGAAUUGGGGAACAAUAGAAGUUCGGCUACUCACCAGUUUCUGCAAUUGGAGCGACGAUUGGACAGGAAUAGUGAUCUCAAGGCAGAAUACACAAAGGUCAUCCACGAGUACCUCAGCUUGAACAUCAUCGAGGAGGUUCCAGCUUGUGAGUUAGACCGGCCAUCUUAUUAUCUACCUCACCAUGCGGUAGUCAAAUUGCAUGCAAUCAGCACGAAGCUCCGAAUAGUUUUCAAUGGGAGUGCAAUCUCUCAAACAGGACGUAGUCUCAAUCACUGUCUCCGGAUAGGUCCCGUGGUUCAGCCUCCUCUAGUUGAGAUACUAUGGAGAUUCAGAAUUCAUCAAUUCGCUCUCACAUGUGAUGUUGUCAAGAUGUAUCUUCAAAUACUCAUGUGUCCAGAACAUCGAGACUACGUACGAUUCAUGUGGAGAGACCACAAGACAGGCGACAUCCGACACUUUCGCUUCCGCACAGUUUGUUUUGGGCUUGCCUCUUCGCCAUUCUUAGCGACGCGAACACUCAUCCAGCUCGCAGAGGAGGAGGGACAUCUGUUUCCACUCGCAGCCAAGGCAAUCCGGGAGUGCUUUUAUGUCGACGACUGCCUUGUGUCAUUACCAAGUAUAUCUGAUCUCAUUUUGUUGAGAGAAGAACUCAUUCAGCUCCUAGGCAGAGCACAGUUUCAGUUGGCCAAGUUCAAGUCAAACUGCCCAUCGGAAACAGACGACAAUGGAGAUAGUCAGUCACAUGACCUUGCCGAUGACACCGUGAAGACUUUGGGAUUGAUUUGGAAUAGCACUUCAGACACUUUCCAAUUCAACUUGUCGGAUAGCAUUCCCACGGAGAAUGUCACCAAGAGGCAGAUGUUGUCAGCCAUCGCAAAAAUCUACGAUCCUAUCGGACUGAUAGGGCCUAUCAUCUCACAUGCCAAGCUCAUGAUGCAGGAGGUAUGGCUUCUGAAAGUAGAUUGGGAUACUCCAGUACCAAGCGACUUACAGCAUAAAUGGUCAACAUUCAUCAAGGACCUACCUUCCAUUGAGUCACUACGAAUCCCCAGGUGGAUUUCCAGCAUUGCUUCCCCUACACAUGUGGAAUUGCAUGCAUUCGCUGACGCCAGCUCCGUAGCGUACGGAGCCGUCAUCUUUUAUGUAUCCGAGGAUGCUAAUGGACACAAGUCAUCCAGGCUCCUCACCUCAAAAUCCAAAGUUGUGCCAUUGAAGGACAAGGAGACCGAGGAUCCUGCCAUCACCAUUCCCAAGGCAGAAUUAUGUGCAGCCAAGAUGGCAGCGGAGUUGAUGUCGAGUGUCUCUGAAGCGUUGGGUGUUACUCAAUGUUUCUAUUGGACGGAUGCAGCAGUGGUUCUGUACCAAAUUCACACACCGUCGGAGAAACGAGAGAUAUUCGUCAGAAACAGAGUCCGGGACAUUCUGAAGUUGACAAAAGCAGAAGAAUGGCGCCAUGUCGCAUCAGCUGACAACCCCGCAGACCCGCUUUCACGAGGAUGUUUGGCUUCCCAGGCUGUCACAAACACUUUAUGGUGGUCAGGGCCCGAAUGGCUAGUACAGGGUAGUGAUCAUUGGCCAGCAGCAUUCGAUCCCAAAACUUUCUCAAUGGGGAGGAAGCCUGCCGUUGCGUUGACCUCCACAAAUGCAAUGUCACCAGCGCACGACACCAAUGAUUCUCUCCACUCAAUCCUUCACAUGCGCAUCAGCACAUUUACUCGUAUGCAGCGGGAACAACUUAUGGGCGAUUUGCCUGAGCAUAGAUCAUCAAAAUUAGCUGCAUUCACCGCUACAGGCAUGGACUUUGCGGGGCCAGUGCUCCUGAAGACGGGAAUUCGCAAGGGCACAACCACCAAAGCAUACAUUCUGGUGUUAGUGUGUAUGUCAACAAAGGCGAUACACCUUGAAUUGGUGAGUUCUUUGACCACAAAUGCAUUCAUCGCCGCGCUCCGUCGAUUCACUAGCAGACGUGGAGCACCAAAGUACAUUUAUUCGGACAAUGCCAAGACAUUCGUCGGGGCAGACAGAGAAUUGAAGGAAUUACUCGCUUCAACGGAGUACACCGACGAUGUUGGAAAUUUCAUGUCCGGAAAAGGAAUCCAGUGGCGUUUUCAGCCUCCAAGAGCGCCACACCAUGGAGGUUUAUGGGAGGCGGGAGUCAAGUCCUGCAAGUAUCAUCUCAAAAGGAUCGUGGGAGCUACGCCGUUGAAUUUUGAGGAGAUGACUACCGUACUGACGCAAAUCGAGAGUGUUCUGAACAGUCGGCCGUUAGUUCAGCUGCCCACAAGUUCCGAUAUGCCCGAUCUAACGUAUCUCACGCCGGGGCAUUUUUUGGGCUUAGAAGGAGCGGCCCAGCUGCCAGAUCCCACGCUUGAGCAUCUGUCGAGCAACAGAGUGAGCAGAUGGCAAUUGUGUCAGAAAUUGCAGCAGGAUUUUUCGAAGAGAUGGAAGGAGGAGUACCUGACAACUUUGCAAGUCAGGACGAAAUGGAGUAAGGAAUGUGUCAAUCUACAGGUUGAAGAUGUAGUGUUGUUGUACGCCGAUCAUCUGCCAUCUCCAGGUUGGCUGCUGGGAGUAGUCAUGGAAAUAUUCCCAGGAAAGGAUAAUCGUGUACGGGUAGUCCUGGUGAGGACAUCGAAAGGGACAUUCAAGAGGCCGAUUACAAAGGUUGUCAAAUUGCCCAUUGAAGAUGAGCAAUUUCCCGCGGAGGAUGUCGCCGCUUAG